AUGACCGAAGAAGUCGCCCCCGUCAAGUGCGUCGGCCCCGAAUACCGCGCCGAAGACCAAAAGCCCACCGCCACCGUCUCAACCGUCGUCCACUUUGACAAUGUCACCGUCCUCCCCCAAACCCCCCAGCUAAUCGCCCUCCUCUCCAUCAUCCGCAACCACUCCACCGCCCGCGGCGACUUCGUCUUCUACUCCAACCGCAUCAUCCGCCUCCUCGUCGAGGAAGGCCUCAACCACCUCCCCACCAUCUCCCACACCGUCACCACCCCCGUCGGCCGCCCCUACGAUGGGCUCUCCUUCCAGGGAAAAAUCGCCGGCGUCUCCAUCAUGCGCGCCGGCGAGGCCAUGGAGCAAGGGCUCCGCGACUGCUGCCGCUCGGUGAGGAUCGGCAAGAUCCUGAUCCAGCGUGACGAGGAGACUGCCCAGCCGAAGCUGUUUUAUGACAAGCUGCCCGAGGAUAUUGCGGAUAGAUGGGUGCUGUUGUUGGAUCCUAUGCUUGCUACUGGUGAGUUUUUUUCAUGUCAAGUGUCAGAAAGGUGGGGGGGGUUGCUGAUCAGAAAUAUAGGCGGUUCUGCCAUCAUGGCUGUGGAUGUUCUCAAGUCGCGUGGGGUUCCUGAGGAGAGGAUUCUAUUCUUGAACGUGCUUGCUAGCCCGGAGGGGAUCAAGAACUUUGCGGAAAAGUUCCCUGCGUCGAGGGUGGUGACUGCUUUUGUGGAUGAGGGGUUGGAUGAGAAGAACUACAUCAUCCCAGGCCUUGGUGACUUUGGCGACAGAUAUUAUACCCGGUGA